AUGAAAUCAUAUAAAAAAUUUCUUUCCAAUGAAAACAUCAAGAUUAAAAACCCAGCUACUCUAUGGAAGAGGAAUUUGAUGUAUAUUAAGAAUCAUUCUAAACGAUAUGAAGUCACGAAAAACAAAAUUACUCAACUUUUAAGAGAAGCUACUGAACUCGAAAAGGAAGAAUUUAUUCUUUUGGAAUCUUCUUCUUCAUUAGAAGAAUUAUCUGAUGAAUUGAAGAGAUUCCAAGUAAUUCCAUUAUUUGGAGGCGUAUGUAUUUUAGCUACCCCAGUAGAACCAGAUGUAAUUAAAAUAGGGGUUCUUGAUCUAGAAAAACCGAUUUUUAAAAAACAUCCAUAUAAUUUGGUUGCCGAAAAAUUUCGGCAAAAUUUGAACAAUUUGGUACCGUCAUCAGAUAUUGACAUUGAAAUAAUGAAUCG